AUGGGUCAGGAACGUGUAGAGACUGCAUGCAGUGUCAUAGGCGGCCGGUCGAUCAUCGAUCGUGCUGAUCUGACUGUAUCAACCCUGUCGAACAUCAUCUCGAGCUCCGUUCUCACUCUUUUCGCGUGUAUAUACAGCGCCGUCCAUCCAAAUAUCCCGAGUCCUAAGGACAGCCCAUUUUGUAUCCUACGGCGACGACUUGGCAUCAUGAUGGCGGCACUAAUUGCUCCUGAACUGGUCGUGGUAUGGGCUAUGCGCCAGUGGAUCAGUGCUCAUUACGCGUGGACUCAGACGCACAGUUUCUUUGUGCUGAUGGGUGGUUUCAUGCUUUAUGUGGACGGGGAACCCUACCACACACUACAACCUGAUGACCGGAUCUGCGACAAGAGCAAAGGCAAUGUGAUAUCGAAAGGAUUGAUCAUCCUUCAGGUGGCCUGGUUCAUUCUGCAGCUCAUGUCCCGCGCCAUCUAUCACCUCGAAACCACCCAGCUGGAAACAGGGACGCUCGCUUUUGCGGUUCUCAAUUUCCUGACCUAUGCGCUGUGGUGGGUGCAAUGUCCAUUUCCGGUGUAUUGGAAGUCGACCGAGUUAAAGCCAGAGGAUCACGUGCGCAUUCGUUUCGCCCAUAGGCCUAAUAAUGAAGACGCUGUGAUUUUUGCGAUGACCCUCGGUCCAUUUAGGCAACUGAUGGGCUUCAGCGAUCGCACGCGCAAGCUCCGAGUUCCUACAUUCGAUGGCAGCCUUGAACUGGAUUCAAAUGGAUGGGACAAGUGGAUUCUUGUGUUUGCCGGAAUUCUGAUGGCAACCAUCUUUGGCGGCAUUCAUUGUACGGCUUGGUUUUUUGCCUUUCCUACAAAUCAUGAACAGGUCCUGUGGCGCAUCAGUGCCGUCGCUAUAACUUGCACACCCUGCCUUGAAAUUCUUUCGUACUUUGCAGUCACUGAUCUCGCAAGUCUAAUGCGUAUCUACUUUCCAGUCACUGAUCGUAUCACCUUGGCACGUUUUAUAUUAGGUAUCAUAGGUAUCGAUGACAUUAUGUCUCUUGUUGCUAUGUGCAUAUUUGGCCUGUUCUACAUUGUAUCUCGUGGUAUGCUCUUGGUACUUAUGUUCACGACAUUACGCCAUCUUCCUCUUGACGCAUACACGACGGUGUCUUGGAUUAGUUUUGUGCCGCACUUGUAG